UUAAAAAAAAAAAAAAAUAUAUAUAUAUAUAUAUUAUUCCGUUAUCGUACAUAUAAUUGAAGCCAUUUUUAUACUCGUCAAUUGUUCUAUAAAUUUUAUUUCUUAAGUUGUCUAAACCAUUCAUUUCCAAUUAUUAUUUCCUCAUAUCGACAUGAUUUUAUAAAGAUCGAUUUCAAAAUGGCCAUCAUUUUUAGCGCUCUAAGUAAUUAAUUUCACUCUCACUCUAUCCAAUUUAACAGUCUAGUAUUUUAUAGAAAUCUAUAGUCGUUCAUGAAUAAAAAAGAAAUUGAACAAAAGAAGAACGACUUUAGCAGCAAAUAAUUGCGUAGAAAAGAAGACGGAGAUGCAGCGAUAUUCAGAAAAAUGGAUCGACGUCGUCGACGUCGUUGAUUGAAAAAGCUUACAAAAAAUUAACAAAAUCGUGAAAAAUCUUAUUUCAUAAAAAAUUCUUUUUCGUGAAAGAUUUCUACUCACGAACAAACUAUAAGAAACAUAAAAAGAAGAAAAAGAAAAGCUCAAUGAUGAAUGAAGAAACUAUCAUGAAACUUAUGACGCCUCUCACUAACGACAAUGGCAACGGAUUGUAUACACAUGCUCUUUUACCAGGACUCUUUCGUGCAAUCGUCGUAAAGCUAAAUAAUAAUGAUAACAAGUACGACGAUAAUAAUAACUGUAAUAAUCAUCGUCGAAAACGAGAAGAUGGAAUCACCUCGAAAUAUGGUACGAAACAAUCGGCUAAAACAGAUUGUGAUUGUCGAAAGAUUCAUCUUCAAUCAUCAAACCUUUCAAUCGGUGAUAUCAUUUUAAUAGCUAACGAUAGUCAUGAGACAGUAUCGGCUAAUCGAAGUCGUGCCAAUGUUUGUCCUGCAUAUCGUUUUUGCGUUGAACGUAAUACUGCCGCUGAUAUGGUAACCAUGGAUCAAGAGGAUUCUAUUAUAAGUAGCGAGUUAUCGACGUUACGUGAACUUUUAGAGCCAAUUAAACAAACAGCGCUCAAAAUGAAACAACUUAGCCAAUUAAAAGACGAGGUACCUCAAACUGAAAUCGUCUGUCAUCAGUUAGGGCAAACAAACGAUCUUCGUGAGCCCGAAGAUGUAUCUUCGACUUGUCAAUUGUGUGGGAUGAAGUUUGACGAACUUAUGUUGAGUACGAAUGAUUGUCAAGUGCAGCAAGAAGGCAACAUCUUCGAGGAAAGUGAUAAAGUGGAUGGUAAUAUUUCUCUUCGAAUAAUAUCAAGACCAGAAACUGAAACUCAAUACGUUGUUGAUGAUCUUCUUUUAAAUCUUAUUCGACAGAUAACAUCUUAUAUAUUAGAGACUUCGCAGAAGCAACAAGAAGAAUUGGAGUCUGAAAAGAAAGAAGUAUCAUUAUGUAGAAGAACGAAAAAAGCAUGCUCGUUAUAUCCUGAUUGUUUGAAACCUCGACCAAUAACAACUACCGAUGAAGAAUACAGCGAAGUACGAAAUAGAAGCGUACAAUUUCAAAAAUGUCUCCAACAAGAACCCAGCAUUUUUGAUGAUGAUUCAUUUAGCAUUCAAUCUUACGAAUUCGUAAGAACAAUGGAUGUUGGCUGCGAAUGUAAAGUAGAAAGAAAACACGACGAAUUAGACGGAACCAAUAGUAAUUAAUAUAAUUAUUCGUCAAUAAGUUCUUUCCAUCUAACAUUUAACAUCUCUUUUCUAUUCUUCUUAUCUAUUCAUAAAGAUCGAUCUUUAGAUUGUCAG